CGUUUGGCCUGCAGACUAUAACUGGAUGAAACCACAGCAUAAUGCUGAAGUUUCAACAGUAAGUCAAGUAAACUUCCCAGUCUCAUCAACAGAAGUUCUGGUGCCAUGGCUUUUAUCUAUGUGGAUGAUGGGAAAUAAAACCCCUACAGACUACCCUAAACGUAAAGUUGUGAAAAAACCAAACAGAAARGGUCGGAACGAAAACACGGGGCUUAAAGAUCGUUUCACGUGGGGCCAAAUAGAUUUGGAAUAUCCCAGUCAAGAUUCAAAACAGAUGGCUAUCAAUACGGGUGCAUUUAUACCAAUUAACAACCUGUUAUUGGGACUGGAAGUGUGGAAAAACAAGAUGUUUUUAAGUAUGCCACAAUGGAGACCGGGGAUUCCGGUAACGUUGGCGUACGUGAAUUUGAACAGUUACACCAAGUCCCCAAUGUUGAAGCCAUAUCCCUCGUGGAACUGGUACUCUAAUAACAUGAACCGCUGUCAUGGUUUGGUGUCUGUGUUCCGGAUGGAAGUGGACAAGUGUGACCGAUUGUGGGUGUUGGAUACAGGCGCCAUAAACUUGGCAAAUAAGGUCGAUCAAAUAUGUCCAACCAAGCUAGAUGUGUUUGACUUGAAAACUGAUACACAUAUUAAGCGUUAUAUCAUCCCGAAAAAUCAAACGUUAAAAGAUUCGCUGUUUACAAACAUUGUAGUGGAGAUUCUCAACGAUAAUUGUGAAGAUGCGUAUGCUUACAUGUCUGAUGUAUUUCAAUAUGGAUUGGUUGUUUACAGUUAUAAAGAGGACGUCUCUCGCCGGAUCAAUCAUCCGUACUUCUACCCAGACCCGCUGUACUGUCAUUACAGCAUGGAUGGCAUAACGUUCAACUGGAUGGAUGGUAUUUUCGGCAUGUGCCUGUCGCCGGACGGUGGUGUCUUGGGACAGCGGGUGCUCUAYUUCCAUUCACUGUCCAGCAACAACGAGUUCUACGUGCCCACCGCAUCGCUGCGCAACGGUACGCUCCGCGAAGGUGACAUCAUCGAGCAUUUCUUUGCGCUCGACGAUUCGCGGUGCGCACGCCACCAGUCGUGUCAAUCGUCGGGCAUGGCCGUGGACGCGAAAGGCGUCAUGUACUACAACCUGGUGACCUCGGGCAAAGUGGGUUGCUGGGACACUAKGCGGCCGUUCAAAUCAGUCACACAGGGGCURUUGUCCAGCGGCUCGACACCACUCAGCUUCCCCAACGACCUUAAGGUGGAUAAGGAGCCCGCGCAAAGGGUGUGGAUGCUCAGCAACGGGCUGCAUAAGUAUCUGUACGGAAAAACGGACCCGAACCAGAUCAACUACCGUAUAAUGGUGGCGUACACGGACGAUGUCGUCAAAGGAACGGUCUGUGAAACCAACUGA